UCUUAUAGCUGCUGCACGAAAGCAGCCCGUCGUCCACGAGGAGCCCGAAGGCGGCAGCACAAAGAGCGUCCGCGCUGCAGCGCCGCUAACAUGGAGUCCUCGGAAAUGUCAGACAGCGCUGACAGGAGCCGUUGAUAGAGGUCGAAAAUAACUGACAUCCGAAUCCUGUAAAAUGCCCAACCAGAAGAGCAACAAGGGAAAGAAAAGCAAACGCACCAACAGUAGCGGAGAUGAGCAGGAAAAUGGAGCCUGUGCGGCCGCAACAGGAGGCGCAGCUGCGGCGGCUGCACCCAGGACCGAGCGCUCGAGUGAGGUCCAGUGUGCGACCCCUCUGGGCUGCAGCUUGGGCCGGGCCAUCGACCUGGAGAAGGACGACUACCAGCGGGUGCUCUGCAACAACGAGCUCUGUCCCUACGGCAACUGGAUGCAUCUUCAGUGCUUCUACGAGUGGGAGAGCUCCAUCCUGGUCCAGUUCAACUGCAUCGGCCGUGCGCGGUCCUGGAACGAGAAGCAGUGCCGGCAGAACAUGUGGACCAAGAAGGGCUACGACUUGGCCUUCAGGUUCUGCUCCUGCCGCUGCGGUCAGGGUCACCUGAAGAAAGACACCGACUGGUAUCAGGUGAAGCGCAUGCAGGAUGAGCGCAAGAAGAAGCCGUCGGAGAGGAGCACGGGUAGGACCGGGUCCAGUGGAGGGGCUGCGGGGCCUGGGGAUGGGCUUUUUGAGGAUCCCAAGAAAAGCAAGCCACCAGGAGGAGCAGUGGGAGGGAAACUAGCUCACAGGGCCUCUAGUCAGGAGUUACCUCGUAGACAAUCAAUGGACCGACAGAACUCUACAGAGAGAGGAGCAGCAGCAGCAGUAGGAGGACUCGCCGCAGGAGGGCCUUUUCCUCUGGGGCCUCCUCAGAAAUCUCCGUGCGAUUCCCCGGGACAGUCCCCUCCUUCCGGCUUCACCUUCUCCCCCACUGCUGCCCUCGGCUCAGCAGGGGGAGGAGCAGGUCUCCGGGGGUCUCGUCAGCUGGGAGAGUUCCUCAAAUCAGCCGUCCACAUGGACCCGCAGAGGAAACACCUGCUGGUGGGAGGAGCUCUCAGUCGGGGCGGCGGCUGCUCCUUGGGAGCCUCUGGCGGAGCAGCUGGUGGUCCUCACCUCGACCCGGGGUCUGUCCUUCCCCUGCAGCUGUCCUUCGCCCUCCCGCUUCACCACCGGCUCACCUCCGGCAGCGUGGGUGACGGCACCCAUCCUCACCCGGUGCAGUUCCUGAGGAGGCUGGACCUCUCGGAGCUCCUCACCCACAUCCCUCGUCAUAAACUCAACACCUACCACGUCCGCAUGGAAGAUGACGCCCAGGCAGGCCAGGGAGAGGAGCUGCGGAGGUUUAUCCUGUCAGCCCUCAGUGCGAGCCAGAGAAACGUGGUCAACUGUGCGCUGUGCCACCGGACGCUGCCUGUGUUUGAACAGUUUCCUCUGGUGGACGGGACGCUGUUUCUCAGCCCAUCACGUCACGAUGAGAUCGAGUACGAUGUCCCCUGCCACCUGCAAGGCCGGUUAAUGCACCUCUACGCCAUCUGUGUAGACUGUCUAGAAGGCGUCCACAAGAUCGUCUGCAUCAAGUGCAAGUCACGCUGGGAUGGCAGCUGGCACCAGCUGGGCACCAUGUAUACGUACGAUAUACUGGCUGCUUCACCUUGUUGUCAGGCCCGUCUCAACUGCAAGCACUGCGGGAAGCCGGUGGUGGACGUUCGAGUCGGGAUGCAGUAUUUCUCCGAGUACAGCAACGUCCAGCAGUGCCCUCACUGCGGCAACCUGGACUAUCACUUUGUUAAACCCUUCUCCUCCUACAAAGUACUCGAGGCUUAUUGACAAAUGUUGUUCAUGCAUGCUAGUUAAGCUGCUUUUGUUCGAAUUUUUUUUCUAACACAAUCUAGGAAAGAUUUUUAUUUUUGGGCCUUAAGGUGGUUUUAUGUUUUUAAGUUCUCUCUCUUUUGAUUUCUUUUUUUUUUAUGUAUAGGAAAAGUAUGACUCUAGUUAAAAGAGAAAUAAAAGUUCCAAGACAGUAUCUCUGCUGUUAGAGGAAAGUGUUGAUAAAAGUGUGGAACUGACAUUUAAGUCAAGCAAACACAUUUAUCUGUGACAAGUGAAUGUAUCUGUAUGCCAAAUUUGCUUUUAUUUUUUACCAAAAACAAUCUUGAAUAAAGCAGAGAAAGAUCCACA